CGACGUGAGAGUCCCCAGACCCGCCUCCGCCCGACGACCAUCCUCGACGACCCCGACGACGCCGCCAGUAUGCAGGCCGUCGCGCGCGCCCCGGGCCAGCAGCAGCCUGUCAAGAUCUAUAAUGCCGUCUAUUCGUCCGUCCAGGUCUACGAAUGCAUGGUGCGCGGCAUCGCAGUCAUGCGCCGCCGCACCGAUUCCUACGUGAACGCGACCCAAAUCCUCAAGGUCGCCGGCGUUGACAAGGGACGCCGUACCAAGAUUCUCGAGAAGGAGAUCCUGCCAGGGAAACACGAGAUUGUACAGGGUGGGUAUGGCAAGUAUCAAGGCACAUGGAUUCCCCUCGAGAGGGGCCGUGACAUUGCUGUGCAGUAUGGCGUCGCACCUCUACUCGCGCCUCUCUUCGACUUCGUUCCCAACGCCAAUGCUCUCGGUGGCCUUCCAGCUGGGUUGCCUAAUAUCACGUCAGGAAACUUUGUACCCGCUGGCCUUGCGCCCCCGCCAAUUAUGCCAGGUUCUGCCCUUCGCUUAUUGAAUCAGGGGCGUGCACAAGGUUUAUUCACCCCUUCAACUUCAGCCGCAUAUCAACAGCAUACAGUCAAUGUAUCCCCUACACCACCACCGCCUUCUCUCAAACGCUCGCGGUCAGAUGUUGACGGCGAGUCAUCUGCAGCCUCCCCACGCCCGCCUUCACGGCAGACGCCACACCUUGCUGGUUCUCCUGACAUUCAAAUGGCAGACCAAUCGCGCCCGCCUUCGAUCUCGCCGCAGAUGGACGGUGCGGGCCCCUCUAAGCGCCCGCGGUUGGACCCGUCACCAGAUGCUGCUAUAGACCCUAGCCUUGCUGGGGUACAGGACCUGCGUGCAGCUACGCCAGCCAUGGGAAACGGUGUCUCGCGCCCGGGCAGUUCUCAGUCCUUGAUGCCCAAUGGUAAGCUACCCGAUGGACAACUCGAUCCCGACACACUCGAGAUCCGCUUUGCAUCCAAACCCUACAUCCCAAGGACAACCGACGCCGCGGCGCCUCUACGCGACUCACGCAGAGCGGCGAUUGUGACUGCCAUCUGCAGAGGCGACGAACCCCUGCCCAUCGUGGACCAGAUCCGCGAUAUUGGGCCAGACAAUCCCGCGCUGAACAUGGACGUUGACCUCGUUCUGGACGACCAGGGACAUACCGCAUUGCACCUGGCGGCGAGUAUGGCGAGGCAUGCGAUCGUAAAUGCGCUCGUCGCGAACGGCGCGGACGUGCACCGCGGGAACUACAACGGCGAGACCGCACUCGUACGAGCGUGCCUCGCGACGCACAACGCGGACCAACAGAGCUUCCACCUGCUUGUCGCCGCGCUGCACCCGUCCAUCCGCACACUCGACUCGUCAAGGAAGUCGGUGAUCCACCAUGUCGUCUCGUCCGCGGGUGUGAAGGGGCGCGCGUCGGCCGCGAGGUAUUACCUCGACCAGAUCUUCUACUGGAUCGCACAACACCAGGGCGGCGAGUUCCGCUCAAUUGUGGACCUGCAGGAUGAGCAUGGCGAUACAGCACUGAAUAUCGCUGCGAGGGUUGGGAAUCGGAGUCUGGUGAGGACACUGUUGGAUGUGGGGGCGAAUCGAAUCCUGCCCAAUAACCUUGGCUUGCGACCCGGUGACUUCGGUGUUGAGACGGAGGAACUGGGUGGUGGACCUCGCGCUGAGGACAUCCUCAAUUCACUGCGAUCCGGGCCCUCUGCUCCCGUCUUGAAAAGUCAGGACGUGCUAGCUGAGAUGACCGCCAUGGUCCAAAUGCUGGGAAAUGACUUCUCAGCGGAGGUUAAGACGAAGCAGGACGCGCUCGAUGUCACGCAAGCACACCUGCGCGCGGCAACGCGUGAGCUCUCAGAACAACGAAAACAGAUUCAGUCGUGGACGCAGCGAUGCGGCGAGAUGGACCAAGUCAACCAGCGAAUACGGAACCUCGAGAAGGCGCUUCAAGACGAGGACGAGUUUGAAUGGACGGGCCGGAGAGAGCUCGACGGAUCCGACGCCGGCGUGGUGGCUGGGCCCGCAUUCCGCUUGAGGGGGGCGACGUACACGAUGACGGGCGCAGGUCCGGUCGACCUAUCGUUCAAUCUGGAUGCGGACCCGCCAGUACCGACGGUGGACUCCGCGGCGAGCUUAAUCAGGUUACGUAGGAUGAAGCUGUGGCAUGAGCGGGCGGAGCGGUUGGUGGACGCGCGAUUCCGGUCCUUGCAGGGCGCCAGUGCGGAGAAGGAGUUUCAGUGCAAGAAAAUCGUGGCGCUUUGCACGGGCGUACCGAUCGACAAAGUCGAGGAGAUGCUCGAGAACCUUGUCGUCGCUGUAGAGAGCGAGGCGCAGAUUGUGGAUAUUGGUCGUGUAUCAGGGUUUAUGCAAAAGGUACGAUAGCCAUGUUAUCGAUGCAUCCUGCUCCGGAAGUCAUGGUCGUGUGCAUUUGUAGGUCAAGAAUGGUGUUAUAUGACAGGCCUUGUGUAUGCCAGACUUCCUGUUGGGUCCUCGUUUCAUGUCUCU